UCUCACCAGCACAGACACUGAGCUGAGAAAACUCCUUAGCUCUCAACAUGCUUGACCUUGACACCUGGCCACACACUCCUCACAGUGUCCUGUUACUGGCCCUACUGCUGGGACUCACAGGAGCAGCUACACAGAAGGAGCUGAAGGUGAUUCAGCCUGAGAAAUCAGUUUCUGUCUCUGCUGGAGACUCAGCCACUCUGAACUGCACUGUGACCUCCCUGCUCCCUGUGGGGCCCAUGAUGUGGUUCAGGGGUACAGGGCAGAGUCGGCACCUAAUAUAUAGCUUCACAGGAGAGAAGUUCCCCAGAGUCACAAAUGUUACAGAUACUUCAAAGAGAAACAACCUAGAGUUUUCCAUCCGCAUCAGUAAUGUCACACCUGCUGACUCUGGUACCUACUACUGUGUGAAGAUGUACAGUGCAGACUCUGACAGGGAGCUUCAGUCUGAGGGAGGCACAGAGCUUUAUGUGCUUGCUAAACCGUCUCCUCCUGUGGUCUCGGGCCCUACAGUCAGAGUUACUCCUGGGAAAACUGUGAGCUUCACAUGCAAGUCCCAUGGCUUCUCUCCUCGGAACAUCACACUUAAGUGGUUCAAAAACAGAAAUGGGCUCUCUCACUUCCAAACUACUGUGGACCCCAAAGGAGAAAGUAUCUCCUACAAUAUCUCCAGCACAGCCCAGGUGGUGCUAAGCCCUCAGGAUGUCUACUCUCAGAUCAUCUGUGAGGUGGCCCAUGUCACCUUGCAAGGAGGCCCACUCUGUGGGACUGCCAACUUGUCUGACAUCAUCCGAGUUCCACCCACUGUGGAGAUCAGCCAGCAGCCAUCAGUGCUAUGGAAUCUGAUAAGUGUCACCUGCCAGGUGCAUAAGUUCUACCCUUCAAGCCUUCGCUUGACCUGGUCAGAGAACGGAAAAGUAUCCCAGAUAGAAGAGCCUUCUAUGUUCACAGUCAACAAGGAUGGAACCUACAGCUGGACCAGCAGGCGCUUGGUGAAUGUAUCUGCCUAUGAGGAGGACAUGUUACUCACCUGUCAAGUUGAGCAUGAUAGACAGCCAGCAGUCCUAAAAACCCACACUGUGGUGAUCAGUGCACAGCAGAGGGAACAAGAACAGAAGUCAUCAGAUACUGCUGAAAUCCUUGUAGCUCUGCUCCUUGGACCCAAACUGCUACUGGUAAUUGGUGCCAUUGCUAUCUACAUGCAUAAGAAACAGAAGGCCUGACUGUAAGUUAGGAGGGAUGGAGGCUGUAUUAGUUACUAUUCUUUCAAUGUGACAACACACCCUAAGGAAAUUAAUUUAUAUAAAAAAGAUUUAUUUGGCCAUACUGUUCCCAAGGCAUGAGUUUAUCAAUCCUGAGGGGCAUGAAGACAGAUCAGGGAGCUAAGAGCUCACAUCUUCAGUGGAGAGCAUGAAACAGAGAAUAAACUGAAGAUAAAUGCUCACCUCCUGUGAUAUACUUUCUCUGGCAAGGCUGCACUACCUAAACCUCUCCAAAGAGUACCACCAACUGGGAACCAUGUGUUCAACUAUCCUAGAAUGUAGAGAAUAUUUCUUAUUCAAACCACCAGGGGGAUGUCAGUCUUUGGACUAACAAAGAAGGGUCAGGAUCAGUAGGAGCGCCAAAGUACUUAUGAAACAGUUUUACCAUCUGUUGUGAUGACAUACUGCUGAGGAUCCUCAGGAAUCUUGUAGAACCCUUUGAGACAUCCCCAUUCCAAGCUCCCAGGAAGUGUGUGUUCUGCAGGAAGCUUUCAGUCAAGGAUCAACAAAGCCAUCCAAAGAGGCCUAAAGGAUUGAAGGCCCUGAUUAGGAUGUGGGGUAUUGUCCUCACUGCCCCUGAUGGAGGUCAUCACAGUAAGUGGAAGGCUAGGAUUCAUGGAAAACAGCUAUCUACACUAUGGACCAACUUUUAGAAGUACCAAAGACCCUUUAUAAGGACUGUUCCUGCUUUUGUCUCUCUGUGAUCACAAAGAAUAGAAAUAGACACUCAGAAAGACUGUGUGUCUUAGUGAUUAGGCUUAGAUGGCACUUUUAUGACCUGGGCAUCUCAUCCACUCAGGACAGGAAGAGAGCAGAACGAGGGACAUUGUAGCACUAAGGUACAAUGUGUACAUUAUAAGAAUUUUUUUAAUGAGAGGUGAUUCUCCACAGCUCUUCCCUCAUCCUCUGCCAUUGAUAUCUCAGAGUUGUGAUUCUUUAGUUAUUGGAUUCUACUCUUGGGGUUCUUAAUCUUAUUAAUAAAAGAUUUUAAUAAUGUGACUCAAGUGAAAUAGAAGUCCAGCUGUACAUUAUAAGGGUCAGUCGAGUGGGAAGACAAUUGGCAUGGAGCAUUGGUAACAUAACGGCUUAAUAUUCAGUUGUGCCUUGCUAUGAAUUCCUUGUGCUCAUAAUUCUCCUAAAAUGUAUAUGUGUGUGUGAAUCUCCAUUUCAAAGUACCUGGAUAGCCAUGUAAACAUGGCUCUAAGCUCUAGCCCCGCUCUUUAGCAUUUGUUUUGGGUAUCUGCUUUCUGCAAAUACCCUCCCUGAGCUUCUUCCUAAGAUAGAGCCUACCCCCAACAAAGCUUUAAAAGACAAGCAAGGAACAGAAAGCUACCAGGCCAUCUAUUAGACACCUGAACACCCUCUCAUCCUCCCCACCCCUGCCCUGAACUAAGGUAAAGCAUCCUCUCUGAGACAACCUGUCUCACAGGCCAAGUGACUGCCUUCUAGAUGAACAAGCUUUGUUUCUUGUGCAAAUUAAGGCCUCCCCCUCUUUCUCACUGCCCCAGAGAAACUCUUAGAUCAAAAAGGACUUUCCUCUUACCAGGCAUUUCAAGCUGUGAUGCAGACUGACUAGCUAUCAGUUCUCCUCCCCUGUCCUGUCAAGAAACUGGUGGCGGGGGGAGGCGGGGGGGUCACAGUUUUAACUUUUAGUUUUAGUGACCUACAGACUUUCCCUACCCUAUCACCUGUAAGUUUAUAGUUGAACGCAUUUAUGGCAGACUCGUAAUGCCUUCACUUAACCACAGUAAGGAUGUGUUUCUAGCACAUAAAUUCCUUUUCUGAUAUAUUCCAACUGCUAACUGACUCCACUCUUAUCUCUCCCCUUUUGGGUUGCAAAUAAAGUUGCCAGGAAGCCUCUGGUGGAAACCGGCUAUCUUGUGUUGUAUACAAAACAUGAGAUGUUGCUGCUUGGGAUAAGAUAUAGACUAGUCCUGGAAAAAAAAGAGAGGAAAUUAAAAGAAUUGAGAGAGUUGAGCUGGUGA